GGUAGAAACCGCAGCUGUGUGCUGUAGCCCAGCGUUUCUCUGGAGGGAAGCUGGGGAGGCUUUGGCGGCUUGGGAGACCUUUAAACUUUAAUUUAACUGGAUUGGGGGCAAAUUCCAAAGUUGGAAGUUUGAGACCCUAGUGGAUGGCAAGUGAGACUUCCUUACUGUCAGGAAAUACUGCGGGAAUCUUUGGCUGACCCUCUAAAACCGUCCCAUAAUGACGGAAACUGUGGAGGAAUAUGAGGAAUAUGAGGAAUAUGAGGAGGAGUUUGUGGAGGAGAUGUCAACGACGACUGUCACUGAGCAAAAGACUCAGUACUUUCAGUCUGGAUUGCCCACCAGGAAAGUCAGAAAGAGGGCCAAGGUGGAUACUUCCAAGUUCAUGACUCCGUACCUGGCCCACAGCCAGAAGAUGCUGGAGCAGUUCAGCCAUAACAAGUACCGGCAAGCUUACGACUUGUCCAGAGGUACUCCUCCUGCCAUCGUUACGGACACCCCUGAAAUGAUUCGCAUCAGGAAAGCCCAGGAGCAGCUCAGCGAGGUUAAAUACCGCAUGGAGGGAAAUAAGGCUCGGACAACAAGCUUGUACGAUGGUGAGGCCAAAGAGGUCACCCAUGUCAAGCGUGUAUCUGAACUGAUCAGCAAGGUUCUGUACAGACAGAAGUGGGAUGAGACUAAGGACAGGUACUUGCUGCCUCCUGAUGCCCCUGAGCUGGUCCUGGCUGUGAAGAAUGCUGCUAACUACAGCAAAAAACUUUAUACCGAGUCCUGGGAUGAGGAGAAGACCAUGUUCUACCCUUACAGCGACAGCCCUGAGCUGCGCAGGGUUGCCAAGGCUCAGGAGGUCCUCAGUGAUAUCCACUACAAGAAGGGUCAUGAUGAGCGCAAGACCAAGUACACUUCCUUGGCUGAUCCUCCUGAAGUGGAGCUGGCUAAGAGAGUGGCUGAUCAGCGCAGUGAUCUCAAGUACAAGGAAGAUUACAACAAAAAUGUGAAGGGUCAGUGGUGCGAGACGCCGUACUUCGAUGUGGCCGUUGCCAGGGUGGCAAUGGAGAACUUAAGCAAUAGGAAAUACACGCAAGAGUUUGAGAACAUCAAAGACCAAAUUUAUUUCAUGCAAACAGAGACGCCCGUUUAUGAUACAAACAAGAGAGCUCGUAUUGCUGCCAGCGAGGUCCAAUACAAGAAGGAAUACGAGAAGAACAAAGCGCAGUCUGACUAUAACACGCUCCCCGCCACAGAGAACCCUCUCCUCAGACAGCUCAGAUAUGCUGGCACCAUCCUCAGUGAUAAAGUGUAUAAGUCCAACUAUGAGAAAUCCAGGGGUUUCAGCAUCAACUACUGUGACACACCCAAGUUUCAGAUGGACUCCGUACUUAAACAGUUCACUGAUGCACGUUACAAAAAUAAGUAUGAUAAUGAGGUGAAGGGCCACUACAUUGGCAGCUAUGAAGACGUUUAUAUGCUUCACUGCCAGAAAGUUGAGGAAAUGAAGAAUGAGCAAUUGUAUAAAGCUGAGUAUGAAGACAUAAAAACAAGGUGCUUCUUCCCUCAAACAAUUACGCCUCAAUAUGAAGCCACGAAGAAGCUUCAGGAGUGUAGCGAUAAAACUUACCGUAAACAUCCAGACAGAGUGAAGUUCACACAAGUGGUGGAUUCGCCAGUUCUGGUUCAAGCCGCCAUCAAUGCCAAACAGCUCAGUGAUCUGAACUACAAGGCAGAGUAUGAGAAAAUCAAGAUGAAGUCCAGCCUGCCCCCAGACUAUCCCUUCUUCAUCCAGUCCAGAGUUAACGCUUUUAACCUCAGUGAUAACUGUUAUAAGUAUGAUUGGGAGAAAUCCAAAGCCAAAAAGUUUGAGGUCAAGGGCGACGCUAUCUCGAUCCUCGCUGCCCGUGCUCACACCAACAUUGCCAGCGAUGUUAAAUAUAAGAAGGAGUAUGAGAAGAACAAGGGACACAUGGUUGGUGCCCUCAGCAUUAAUGAUGAUCCCAAAAUCUUACACUCUGUUCAUGUGGCCAAAAUCCAGAGUGACCGUGAAUACAAAAAGGACUAUGAAAAGGUAAAGACCAAGUACCAUACACCACUGGAUAUGAUUUCAGUCACCUUGGCCAAGAAAUCCCAGGGCAUUGCCAGUAUGGCCGGGUAUAGGAGCAUCAGCACCAACUUCUUCUAUCCCCCUGAUGCUGUGCUGUUGGAUUUGGCCAAGAAAGCCAACGUCAUCCAGAGUGAUAAUGAGUACAAGGCUGACUACAACGCUUACACCAAGGGUACCCCAUGGAUCCCCUUCGGUUCCAUAGAUGUGGAAAAGAAUAAGAAAGCUGGUGAGAUCCUUAGUGAGAAAAAAUACAGACAACACCCAGACACGAUCCGAUUCACAUCUAUUGAUGACCAUCCCGUCAUGAUGCAGGCCAAAGUCAACCAGCUUCAGAGGAGUGAUCUGUUCUACAAGAGAGGUCUAGAGGAGGUUCAUCAGAAGUACUCUCUGCCUCCUGAUGUACCUGAGUUCCUCCAAGCCAGGUGCAAUGCCUACAACAUCAGCAAUAAAUACUACAAACUUGCCUGGCAAGAGCAUAUCGCUAAAGGUUAUGACCUGAAGCCUAAUGCCAUUUCUGUUGUUGCUGCCAAAGCUGCCAGACAUGCUGCCAGUGAUGUCCAGUAUAAAAAGGCUUAUGAGAAGGACAGAGGCCACCACGUUGGCUUCCGCAGUCUCCAGGACGAUCCUCUGCUGGUUCACUACAUGCAGGUGGCUAAGAUACAGAGUGACAAGAACUACAAGAAGGACUACCAUAAGUCCAAGCUGAAGUAUCACACCCCAGUAGACAUGAUGAGCAUGGCUCACGCCAAACAUGCCUCAAAAGUGCAGACCUACGCUGGCUACAAGCAGCACCAUCAUAAUUACUGCCUACUGCCUGGCUCAAUGAGUCUGGACCUCGCCCGUAACAUGAGCUUCAAUGCCAGUGAUGUUAACUAUAAAAUGGAUUAUGAGAACUACGUCAAGGGAACUGGUUGGGUUCCUAUCGGUUCCCUGGAGGUGCAAAAAGCCAAGGCAGCAGCAGCAGCUCUGGACGAGAAGAAGUACCGCCAGCACCCUGAUACCAUCAAAUUCACCAGUGUCUCUGACUCCAUGAACAUGGAGCUGGCUAAGGCCAAUGCCAAGAUCCUUGAUGCAAAAGCAUAUAAGGCCAGUGGAGAGAAGUUCAUGCACACUUACCAUCUCCCUCCCGAUGUCCCUGAACUGAUGCAAGCCAGAUACAAUGCUGUCAACAUCAGCCAGAAUUACUACACCUAUCAACAUCGUAAAGAUCUGCUCAAAGGACAUCACGUGAAGGAAGAUGCUAUUCCCAUUGUUGCAGCAAAGUCUGGCAGAGAUAUAGCCAGCAAUUACAAGUAUAAACUGGCUUAUGAGAAGGCAAAGGGCCACCAUGUUGGCUUCCGCAGCCUCCAGGACGAUCCCCUGCUGGUUCACUACAUGCAGGUGGCUAAGUUGCAGAGUGACAAGAACUACAAGAAGGACUACCACCAGGCCAAGCUGAAGUAUCACACCCCAGUAGACAUGUUGAGUGUGGUCCAUGCCAAGCAGGCCUCUGCUGCUCAGACGAUGGCUGGAUACAAGCAGAUCCCUCACAACUAUUUCCUUCUGCCCGACAACUUGCACCUGAACCUGUAUCGCAACAUGAUGGAGAUUCAGAGUGAUAAUGUCUACAAGUCAGAUUACACCAACUACUGCAGAGGCACAGGUUGGGUCCCUAUUGGUUCUGUGGAUGUUGAGAAGGCCAAAACUGCUAAAGCCGCACUGGCUGAGAUUGGCUACCGCCAGCAUCCCAGCACUCUCAAGUUCACAAGCAAGACCGAUUCCAUGAACAUGACUCUGGCAAUGGCCAACACCAAGCAGAUGAACAACACUGCAUACAAAGCUUCCGGCGAAAAGUUCAUGCACACCUAUCAUCUGCCAGCUGACAGCCCUGAAUUCCUCCAGGCUAAGUUCAACGCCCAGACCAUGAGCGAGAGUCACUACAAACACAAGUGGCUGGAAGAUAUUGCCAAGGGAUAUGACAUGAAGCCUGACGCUAUUUCCGUCCUGCAUGCCAAGCAUGGCAGACAUAUUGCCAGCAAUGUCCAAUAUAAGAAAGAGUAUGAGAAGGACAGAGGCCACCACGUUGGCUUCCGCAGCCUCCAGGACGAUCCCCUGCUGGUUCACUACAUGGAGGUGGCUAAGUUGCAGAGUGACAAGAACUACAAGAAGGACUACCACCAGGCCAAGCUGAAGUAUCACACCCCAGUAGACAUGUUGAGUGUGGUCCAUGCCAAGCAGGCCUCUGCUGCUCAGACGAUGGCUGGAUACAAGCAGAUCCCUCACAACUAUUUCCUUCUGCCCGACAACUUGCAUCUGCAGAGGUGUCGCAACAUGAACAUCCAGUCAAGUGACAGUGAUUACAAGUCUGAAUGGAACAACUACAUCAGAGGUAUUGGAUGGGUCCCUAUUGGCUCAAUUGCAGUUGAGACUGCUAAAGUUGGCGGUCAGAUUCAGAGUGACAACAAGUACCGCACUCAUCCAUCCAACUUCAAGUUCAGCAAACUGAUGGACUCCAUGGACUUGACUCUGGCUACUGCCAACAACCAGAUCAUGAACAAGCAAGCAUACACUGCAGCUUGGAACAAGGACAAACUGACAGUCCACGUCAUGCCAGAUUCUCCUGAGAUUGUCCUGGCCAAGGCCAAUGCCCUCAACAUGAGCAAUAAACUUUACAAAGCCGGUGUUGUCGAGAUGGCCAAGAAGGGCCACAACCUCAAAGCUGAUGCCAUCCCAAUUAAGGCUGCCAAAUCUGGUACCACUAUUGCCAGUAAUUACAAGUACAAGUUGGCAUACGAGAAGGCCAGAGGCCACCACGUUGGCUUCCGCAGCCUCCAGGACGAUCCCCUGCUGGUUCACUACAUGGAGGUGGCUAAGUUGCAGAGUGACAGGAACUACAAGAAGGACUACCACCAGGCCAAGCUGAAGUAUCACACCCCAGUAGACAUGUUGAGUGUGGUCCAUGCCAAGCAGGCCUCUGCUGCUCAGACGAUGGCUGGAUACAAGCAGAUCCCUCACAACUAUUUCCUUCUGCCCGACAACUUGCAUCUGCAGAGGUGUCGCAACAUGAACAUCCAGUCAAGUGACAGUGAUUACAAGUCUGAAUGGAACAACUACAUCAGAGGUAUUGGAUGGGUCCCUAUUGGCUCAAUUGCAGUUGAGACUGCUAAAGUUGGCGGUCAGAUUCAGAGUGACAACAAGUACCGCACUCAUCCAUCCAACUUCAAGUUCAGCAAACUGAUGGACUCCAUGGACUUGACUCUGGCUACUGCCAACAACCAGAUCAUGAACAAGCAAGCAUACACUGCAGCUUGGAACAAGGACAAACUGACAGUCCACGUCAUGCCAGAUUCUCCUGAGAUUGUCCUGGCCAAGGCCAAUGCCCUCAACAUGAGCAAUAAACUUUACAAAGCCGGUGUUGUCGAGAUGGCCAAGAAGGGCUACAACCUCAAAGCUGAUGCCAUCCCAAUUAAGGCUGCCAAAUCUGGUACCACUAUUGCCAGUAAUUACAAGUACAAGUUGGCAUACGAGAAGGCCAGAGGCCACCACGUUGGCUUCCGCAGCCUCCAGGACGAUCCCCUGCUGGUUCACUACAUGGAGGUGGCUAAGUUGCAGAGUGACAAGAACUACAAGAAGGACUACCACCAGGCCAAGCUGAAGUAUCACACCCCAGUAGACAUGUUGAGUGUGGUCCAUGCCAAGCAGGCCUCUGCUGCUCAGACGAUGGCUGGAUACAAGCAGAUCAUUCACCAAUACAAUGUCCUGCCCGAUGCCAUGAACCUGCAACUUGCUCGUAACAUGCAGUUCAUCGCCAGUGAUAAUCAGUACAAGAGUGAUUAUGAUAGCUUCAUGAAAGGAAUAGGAUGGGUUCCUAUUGGAUCGUUGGAUGUUGAGAGAUCAAAAACAGCUGGCAAAAUCUUGAGUGAUAGCGGAUACCGUCAACACCCUAGCAACUUAAAAUUCACUAAGGACAUGCAGUCUAUGGAUCUGAUGUUGGCCACUGCCAACAAUCAGAUUAUGGAUAAGCAAUCCUACAACAAAGCCUGGGAGAAAGACAAGACUUCGAUUCACAUAAUGCCUGAUGCUAUGGACAUUGUUCUUGCCAGAGGGAACAGGAAGAACUUCAGUGAGAAACUGUACAAACUGGACAAUGAGCUCUCCAAGAAAAAGGGCCAUAAUCUUCGUGCUGAUGCCAUUGCUGUCAAAGCUGCCAAAGCGUCCACUGCUAUUGCUAGUGACUACAAGUACAAGACAGGAUACCGUAAGCAGGUCGGCCACCACAUCGGUGCUCGCAGCAUCCAGGACGACCCUCUGCUGAUGCUGGCUUUGAACUCAGCCAGGAUUGCCAGUGAUGCCCUGUACAAGAAGGACUUCAACAAGUCCAAGACCAAGUUCCACCUUCCAGUGGACAUGUUGGCCUUUGAACUGGCUAAGAAGAACCAGAUUCAGGUCAACCACGCCAACUACAUCACCCGUCUGCACAACUGGACUUGCCUGCCAGACUCCACUGAUGUUGUCCAGGCCAGACAUGCUUAUGACAUACAGAGUGAUGCUAUUUACAAGGAGGACCUGAAGAUGAUGCAGGGUAUUGGAUGGGUGCCUAUAGGUUCACUGGAUGUUGAGAAAUCGAAGAAAGCUUGUGAGAUCCUCAGUGAGAGGAAGUACCGUCAGCACCCAAGCAACUUUCAAUUCAAAAUGACCACUGACCACAUGCCAUUGGUAUUGGCUAAGGCCAAUGCUGGCAUUGUAAACAAGAAAGCUUACACUGAAGCCUGGGACAAAGACAAGACUAGCGUUCAUGUCAUGCCAGAUGCCAUGGAUGUUCUUCUGGCCAAAGCAAACAAUGUCAACUACAGUGUGAAAAAAUACAAACAGGCAAAUGAAGAUGCCAAGAAGAAGGGCUAUGAUCUGCGUGGUGAUGCCGUUUCCAUCCUUGCUGCCAGGGCUUCCAGGGAUAUUGCCAGUGAUUACAAGUACAAGACAGGAUACCGUAAGCAGGUUGGCCACCACAUCGGUGCUCGCUGUGUCCAGGACGACCCUCUGCUGAUGCUGGCUUUGAACUCAGCCAGGAUUGCCAGUGAUGCCCUUUACAAGAAGGACUUCAACAAGUCCAAGACAAAGUUCAACCUUCCAGUGGACAUGUUGGCCUUUGAACUGGCUAAGAAGAACCAGAUUCAGGUCAACCACGCCAACUACAUCACCCGUCUGCACAACUGGACUUGCCUGCCAGACUCCAAUGAUGUCGUCCAGGCCAGAAAGGCUUAUGACCUGCAGAGUGAUGCUGUCUACAAAGCUGACCUGAAGUGGCUCCAGGGUCUGGGCUGGGUCCCCAUUGGCUCGGUUGAUGUGGAGAAAGCCAAGAAGGCUGCUGAAGCUUUGAGUGAAAGGCAGUACCGUCAGCACCCAAGCACCUUUAAAUUCAAAAUGACCAGUGAAGACAUGCCCAUUGUGUUGGCCAAGGCCAACGCUCAGGUUAUGAACAAGAAAGCCUAUAGUGAAGCCUGGGACAUUGCAAAGAGGACGAUCCACAUCAUGCCUGACGCUAUGGAUGUUCUUCUAGCCAAAGCAAACAAUGUCAACUACAGCUUGAAAAAGUACAAACAGGCAAAUGAAGAUGCCAAGAAGAAGGGCUAUGAUCUGCGUGGUGAUGCCGUUUCCAUCCUUGCCGCCAGGGCCUCCAGGGAUAUUGCAAGUGACUACAAGUACAAGACAGGAUACCGUAAGCAGGUCGGCCACCACAUCGGUGCUCGCUGUGUCCAGGACGACCCUCUGCUGAUGCUGGCUUUGAACUCAGCCAGGAUCGCCAGUGAUGCCCUGUACAAGAAGGACUUCAACAAGUCCAAGACAAAGUUCAACCUUCCAGUGGACAUGUUGGCCUUUGAACUGGCUAAGAAGAACCAGAUUCAGGUCAACCACGCCAACUACAUCACCCGUCUGCACAACUGGACUUGCCUACCAGACUCCAAUGAUGUCGUCCAGGCCAGAAAGGCUUAUGACCUGCAGAGUGAUGCUGUCUACAAAGCUGACCUGAAGUGGCUCCAGGGUCUGGGCUGGGUCCCCAUUGGCUCGGUUGAUGUGGAGAAAGCCAAGAAGGCUGCUGAAGCUUUGAGUGAAAGGCAGUACCGUCAGCACCCAAGCACCUUUAAAUUCAAAAUGACCACUGAAGACAUGCCCAUUGUGUUGGCCAAGGCCAACGCUCAGGUUAUGAACAAGCGUCUCUAUACCGAGGCGUGGGAGAAAGACAAGGUCAACCUGCACAUCCAACCUGACACUCCAGAGAUCAUCCUCUCUCAGCAGAACGCUAUCAACAUGAGCAAGAAACUCUACAAACAAGGUUUUGAGGCUGACAUCAGGAAAGGCUAUUUCCUCCCUCCAGAUUCAGUCUCUGUCAAGGCUGCUAAGGCCUCCAGGGACAUCGUCAGUGAUUACAAGUACAAGACAGGAUACCGUAAGCAGGUCGGCCACCACAUCGGUGCUCGCUGUGUCCAGGAUGACCCUCUGAUCAUGCUGGCUCUGAACUCAGCCAGGAUUGCCAGUGAUGCCCUGUACAAGAAGGACUUCAACAAGUCCAAGACCAAGUUCAACCUUCCAGUGGACAUGCUGAAUCUUGAACUGGCCAAGAAAUGCCAGAUCCAAGUCAACGACUUCAAUUACAGAACUCAUCUGCACCAGUGGACUUGUCUGCCAGACUCCAAUGAUGUCGUCCAGGCCAGGAAAGCCUACGAUCUUCAGAGUGAUGCUGUAUACAAAGCUGACAUGGAUGAGGUCAUAGGCAUAGGAUGGGUCCCCAUUGGUUCAGUUGAUGUGAUGAAGGUCAAGAACGCCUCUAAGAUUCUCAGCGAACGUCUCUACAGGCAGAAACCAGAAAAACUGAAGUUUAAAACUGAUAUGACUUCCAUGCCCAUGGUCUUGGCUAAAACUAAUGCUGAUAUCAUCAACAAGAAAAACUACAUCGCUGCUUGGGAGGCUGAUAAGAUCAAGACUCACGUAACCCCUGACCUGCCCGAGAUUUUGCUCUCUAAAGUUAAUGCUUACAACAUCAGCAGGAAAAAUUACAGGGAAGAUGUCGAAGCACUCUUCAGAAAGGGCUACGACCUUAAGCCUGAUGCUGUCGCUGUUGUUGCUGCCAAACGUGGAAGAGAGAUCAUCAGUGAUUACAAGUACAAGACAGGAUACCGUAAGCAGGUCGGCCACCACAUCGGUGCUCGCUGUGUCCAGGACGACCCUCUGAUGAUGCUGGCCCUGAACUCAGCCAAGAUUGCCAGUGAUGCCCUGUACAAGAAGGACUUCAACAAGUCCAAGACCAAGUUCAACCUUCCAGUUGACAUGCUGAAUCUUGAACUGGCCAAGAAAUGCCAGAAGCAAGUCAACGACUUCAAUUACAGAACUCGUCUGCACAACUGGACCUGCCUACCUGACUCCACUGAUGUUGUCCAGGCCAGAAAGGCUUAUGACCUGCAGAGUGAUGCUGUGUACAAGGCUGAUAUGACAUGGAUCAAGGGAACAGGAUGGGUGCCAAUUGGUUCGGUUGAUGUGGAGAAAGCCAAGAAAGCAGCAGCGAUCCUGAGCGAGAGGAAAUACCGUCAGCAUCCCAGCAUGUUCAAAUUCACCGCCAAGACACAUGACAUGCCAUAUGCCCUUGCUCAGGCCAAUGCACAGAUCAUGGACAAGAAAGCAUAUCUUGCUGCCUGGGAAAACGAUAAGACCAACCUUCACAUCAUGCCUGAUACCCCAGAGAUAAUACUGGCCAAGCAGAAUAAACUCAACACCAGUCUGAAAUAUUACCGUGAAGGCUUUGUGAACACCAUCAACAAAGGCUACUUCCUUCCCAAAGAUGCUGUUUCUGUUCUAGCUGCCAAGGCGUCCAGAGACAUCGUCAGUGAUUACAAGUACAAGGCUGGUUUCCGUAAGCAGUGCGGUCAUCACAUUGGUGCCCUCAGUGUUAAGGACGACCCACUGAUCAUGUUGGCCGCUCACGUAGCCAAGAUCUCCAGUGACAACAUCUAUAAGAAGGACUUCAACAAGACCAAGACCAAGUACCACCUUCCAGUAGACAUGCUGACAAUUGAACUUGCCAAGAAAUGCCAGCAGCAAGUGAAUGACUUCAACUACAGAACUCGCUUGCACCAGUGGACCUGCCUGCCCGACUCCAGUGAUGUGGUCCAGGCCAGAAAGGUCUAUGACUUACGGAGUGACGCUGUAUACAAAGCUGAUAUGGAGUGGCUGAGAGGAUGCGGCUGGUCACCUCAGGACUGUGUGGAUGUCGUCAAAGUUAAACAUGCCCAGACUAUUCUCAAUGAAAGACUUUACCGCCAACCACCAAGCACCGUGAAGUUCACCAGCGUCGUUGACCUCCCAGCUAUUGUCUUGUCCAAGCAAAACGCUGACAACAUCAGUGAUAGGAAAUACAAAGAAGUUUGGGAGAAGGACAAGCUCAGCUUUCACCUGCCACCUGCCACCCCCACUUUUGAACUAUCCAAGGCCAAUUCCAUCAACAUCAGCAAUAAACUGUACACAAAGGAAUGGGACAGCCAGAAGGCCAAGGGUUACCACAUCAAGGAGGAUGCUAUCUCUGUGCUGAAGGCUAAAGCUUCUAGAGAUAUCAUCAGCGAUUACAAGUACCAUGGAGCAUACCGUAAGCAGGUCGGGCACCACAUUGGUGCUCGCUGUGUCCAGGAUGACCCUCUGAUCAUGCUGGCUAUGAACUCAGCCAGGAUUGCCAGUGAUGCCCUGUACAAGAAGGACUUCAACAAGUCCAAGACCAAGUUCAACCUUCCAGUGGACAUGCUGAAUCUUGAACUGGCCAAGAAAUGCCAGAUCCAAGUCAAUGACUUCAAUUACAGAACUCAUCUGCACCAGUGGACUUGUCUGCCAGACUCCACUGAUGUUGUCCAGGCCAGAAAGGCCUACGACCUGCAGAGUGAUGCUGUGUACAAAGCUGAUAUGGAGUGGCUGCGCGGAUGUGGAUGGGUGCCACAUGAGUGUGUGGAUGUUAUGAAGGUGAAGCAUGCACAGAAGAUCCUGGCUGAUAGAGGCUAUCGUGUCAAGUUGGAUGAACAGAAAUACACUGUUCCAUUUGACAGAGUUGACAUGGUCCGUGCCAAGAAUGCUGCUGAUGUCCUCAAUGAGGCCAAAUAUCGUGAAGCCUGGCACGAGGAAAAGACCAAGUACUCACUGGUGGACACUCCUAUUCUUGCCACAGCCAGAGAGGUGGCAAAGAACAUUCAUCCGAAAUUGUAUACCAAGGCUUGGGAUAACGUUAAAGCCACAGGCUACUUCAUGCCUGGAGAUGCUGUACCAAUCAAGCAGUGCAUCAAUACAACUAAAGUCCAGAGCAAGCAUCAUUACCUCGAGGCAUACCGUAAGCAGGUCGGGCACCACAUCGGUGCUCGCUGUGUCCAGGACGACCCUCUGAUGAUGCUGGCUCUGAACUCAGCCAGGAUUGCCAGUGAUGCCCUGUACAAGAAGGACUUCAACAAGGCCAAGACCAAGUUCAACCUUCCAGUGGACAUGUUGGCCUUUGAACUGGCCAAGAAAUGCCAGAAGCAAGUUAAUGAUGACCUCUACAGGACCCGCCUGCACCAGUGGACUUGUCUGCCAGACCAGAACGACAUCAUCCAGGCCCGCAAAGUUUAUGAUCUUCAAAGUGAUAAUGUGUAUAGGGCUGAUCUGGAAUGGAUUCGUGGUUGUGGCUGGGUGGCAGCUGACUCUGUUGACCACGUGAAGGUCAGGAAGGCCCAGGAGAUUCUCAACGAGAGACUCUACAAGAAGAAUGCCAAAGAAUGCUUCGGAAAAUUCACCCUGGUUGUGGACCGCCCUGAGAUUGUCUUGGCGAAGGUUAAUGCUGCCAACCUCAGUGAUCUGAAGUACAAAGAGACAUUCAACGCCGAAAAGGGUCAUUACAUUGGUUCAGAGGACACUCCUCAACUGGCCCAUAGCAGGGAGGUGUCUAAGAACAUCAGUGAGAAACUCUACAAAUCGAACUGGGAUGCAACAAAGGCUACCAGCUACCAGCUGAACCAUGAGUACAUCCCACUACUCAGUGGCAAGAAGGGCAGGGAGAUCGCUAGUGACGUCAAGUAUAAGGAUUCCCAUGAGAAGGCAAAGGGUCACUACAUGGCAGGAACCCUGGUGGACUUCCCUGAGGUGGUGCGCUGUGGAGACCAGGAGAAGAAAAAGGGACUGAGGCUCUACCAGAAGGACUACCAUCAAAGCAAGACCAAGAUCCACCUCCCACCCGACAUUAUUGCUAACAAGGUGGCCAAGAACUGCCAGGACAUGCUGAGCGACGUCCUCUACCGCACCUACCUGCACCAGUGGACUUGCCACCCUGAACAGGAGGAUGCCAUUCGUGCCCGCAAGACCAACGAGAUUCUCAGUGAUGUGUUCUACAAGGAUGACCUGAACUGGAUGAAGGGUAUUGGUUGCUACGUCUGGGACACACCAGAGAUCGUUCGUGCCAAGAAGUCCUACGAGCUGCAGAGUGAUCUGAAAUACAGAGACGAAGCCAAGAAAGAAUUCAACAACUACUCCAUUGUGACAGAUACACCAGUUUAUGUGACUGCUGUCCUGGGUCACACAUGGGCCAGUGAUCUCAACUAUAAGGAGGCUUAUCAUAAGGAGAAGCACAUGUACACCACCGUCCUGGAUACCUACGACUACGCCAGAUGCCACAACUUCAAGGAAUUCUUCAGCAACAAAAACUACACUGGCGCUUGGGACAAAAUCAAAGCCAAGAGCUACCAGAUCCCACAUGACUCCCAUGCCUUGCAGCAUGCUAAGAACCAGAAAGUCAUCCUUAGUAAUGUGAAGUACAAGGAGGAUUAUGAGAAGUUCAAAUCCCUCUACAGUCUGCCCAAGUCUCUUGAGGACGAUCCCGCCACUGCUCGCUGCGUCAAGGCUGGAAAGCUGGUCCUGGAUCGUCUGUACCAUGAGAACUACGAGAAGACCAAGGCCAAGAACCAUAUCCCAGCAGACAUGCUGGAGAUCCUGUCUGCCCGCAACACCCAGGCCACCGUCAGCGGCAUCCACUACCGCAAGUACCUGCACCAGUGGAUAUGCCUCCCUGACAUGCAGGUGUACACCCAGGCCCGCAAAGUCAACGAGCAGCUCAGUGACAUCUUCUACAAGGAUGAUCUGAACUGGCUGAAGGGUAUCGGCUGCUAUGCCUGGGACACACCAGAGAUCCUCCGUGUCAAGCAUGCUGGUAAUCUUCAGAGUGAGGCCAAGUACAGGGCCAAAGGUAUUGAGGCUUUCAAGGAUUAUUCUGUGGUGACAGAUACUCCAGUGUACGUGACGGCCAUUCAGAACUCUCAAAACCUGAGUGAUCUGCACUACCGCUACGACUACAACGCCAACAUCAAGGGCACGAACACCGCUCCUGCUGUCACCAUCGAGACAGAAAGGGCACGCCUGGCUAACUACAUCCAGAGUGAUAACUGGUACAAGGAGGCCAACAAGAAUCUCAUGCCCACUGGUUACUCUCUGCCCCACGAUACCCCGCUCAUCAAGCAGGCUAAGAUGAACAGCAUCAUCACCAGCAGCGUGAAGUACAAGGAGGCCUACGAGAUGACGAAGGCUAAGGCCUACAGUCUUCAUCCAGAGGGCGUCAACUUCGUCAACUUAAGGAAUUCCAACAAGAUCAUCAACGAUCGUCUGUAUCGUCAGGACUACCACAAGCAAAAGGACAAGAUCCACACAACCUACGACACCCCUGAUAUCAAGCAAGUCAAGAUGAACCAGAAACACCUCAGCGAUUUGUGCUACAAAGAGAAAUACUACAACAACAGAGGCCAGCUGAUCUCUAUGCCCAUUACCCCUGAGCUGAUGCACUGCCGCCACGUCAAUGAAAUCACCAGCGAGCUCAAAUACAAAGAGGAUCUGGUUUGGCUGAGAGGCCUCGGCUGCUUCUUGUACGACACCCCAGAGAUGGUCACCAUCCGCAACAUCACCAAACAAAGGGUGACCUACCCAAGGGAGGCUAAGAAGAACCUUGCCAACUUCUCCGUGGUCCUGGACACCCCAGAGUAUAAGCGCGUGACCGAGCUUAAGACCCACAUGAGCAACCUCAUCUACAAAGCCCAGAGCAAGCAGGAGAUGUCUAAGGUCUCCACCACUGUGGAUGCUGUGGACAUCCAGAGAGCCAAAUGGGCCCAGCAGCUGACUAACAAAUACAAGUACAUCGACUUGGCUGCUAAGGAGAGACCUCAUUACACUCCAGAAAGUCAAACUCCAGACCUGACCCAUGCCAAAAAAAUGAAAGUGGUCUACAGUGACAACAAAUACAAAGAACAGUAUGAGAAGAUGAAGCACAGGUACACAGCCAUCGGUGAUACACCUCUCCUGAUCCGUGCCAAGAAAUCCUACAUCCAGUCCAGUGAUCUGCGUUACAAAGAGACCUUCGAGCUCGCCAAGGGUCACUACCGCACAGUCAAGGAUGCUCUGGACAUCACCUACCACCGCAGAGUCACUGAUGACGUCAGCGAGGUUAAAUACAGGGAGAAGUACAUUAACUCUCUGGGUACAUGGAAGUCCAUCCCCGACCGUCCUGAGUUCUUCUUCAGCAAGAUUGUCAAUGAUAACGUCAGCAGCGUCAAGUACAAGGAGGACCUGGAUUGGUUGAAGGGAAUUGGCUGCUAUGUCUGGGACACACCUGAGCUGGUGCUGGCUGAGAACAACAAGGCACUUUACAGUGAGAGACUGUACAAAGCCUCAUCCGAGAAGAACAGAGGCAACUUCAAGUAUACCUCCGACACGCCGUUCUUCGAGACUGUCAAGAACGCCUCUAUUCUCAUCAACGAUGCAAGGUAUAAAUCCAAAGCAAAGGAUCUUCUAAAGAGUGGCUGCAAUGAGCUACACCGCCCUGACAUCCUCACAGCCCUUUACCAGUCCGUUUUGGGCAGUAAGUGGAGAUACAGACAGCAGUAUGAACGUGCCAAGGACAAGUUCACCUCUAUUCUGGACACUCCUGAGUAUGAGACCCACAAACGCAAGAAGAAGAUCAGCGAUAUCAUCUACAAGAUGGAGUACAACAAGACCAAAGCUAAGGCAUACACCCUGCCUUAUGACACUCCACACCAGCAGCACAUGAAGAAAGUCAAGGAGAUCACCAGCAAUCUGAAAUACAGAGAAGUGUAUGAGAAGAGCAAGGCCCAGAUCAACAUGGACCCCGAGGCUCAUGAGAUCCGUGCUGCCAAGGAGGCCUACAGGAACAUCACCAACCUUGACUACAAGAAGAAAUAUGAAGCCACAAAGGCCAAGUGGAUCUGGACUUCAGAUAGACCCGACUUCCUCAACGCUGCCAAGAACAGUAUGCAGCAGAGCGAUGUCGAGUACAAGUACGACAAAGAGAGUAUGAAGGGUUGCGUGAUACCUGUGGUUGAUGACAAGCUCACCCUUCUGGCUAUGAAGAAUAAUGAAAUGGCCAGCAUUGUGAAGUACAAAGAGAAGUAUGAAAAGGAAAAGGGCCACUACAUGCCUGUGCAGGACACUCCUCAAAUCCUCCAUGCCAAGGCUGUGCGCACUCUGGCAUCAGAGACCAGAUACAAGGAGGCCAGUAAGAAGGACAUGCAGUCUGGCUCAUUCACAACCCUGCCUCAGACCCGUGAUACUGCUCACAGCAAGGAGGUCAACAAGCUUGUCAGCAGGAACGUGUACAAAGAGAAGUUUGAGAAGGAAAAGGGGAAGUCAGUGUAUAACCACAUGAUGGUUCCACCUGAUGUUCAGCAUGCUAUGGCCGUGGCCAAGAGUCAGAGCAGCAUUUCCUACAAGAAGGACGCCAAAGCCAACCUCCACUACACCUCUGUGGCCGACCGUCCUGACAUCAAGAAGGCAACCCAGGCUGCCAAACUGAUCAGUGGGAUCGGCUACCGCGACAAGGCACGCGAGGAGGCCAGCCGCGGAGGUUCUCUGGUCAACCGCCCAGACAUUACUUUGGCCACUGAGGUGUCCAAGCUGACCAGCGAGGUGGAGGCCAAGCCCUCCCUCCAUGGAACUGCUUCCUAUGAUACCCCCCAGAUGCGCCACAUUAAGAAAAUGAGUGCCGUGACUAGUGAUUUGAAGUACAAGGAGAAGUUUGACAAGGAGGUGAAAGGAAAGAGACCACAAUAUGACCUGAAGGAGAGCAAGAUUUACAAGACUUUGAAGGAUGCCAGCGCGCUGGCUAGUGAGGUGAAGUACAAGGGUGACCUGAAGAAGAUCCACAAGCCGGUGACCGACAUGGCUGAGUCUCUGUCCAUGCAGCACAGCCUGAGCACCAGCAGACUGUCCAGCCAGUACUGCUACAAGAAGAAAUUUGAGGAGAGUAAGGGUCACUACCAUAUGAUUCCUGACACACCAGAGCAGCUUCAUCACAAGGAGGCCUCUGACCUUCAGAGCAACGUGAAAUACAAGGAGAAGUAUGAGAAGGAGAAGGGCAAGGCCAUGCUGGACUUUGAGACCCCCACAUACGUGACUGCAAAGGAGGCUCAGCACAUGCAGAGCCAGAAAGACUAUAAGAAGGACUAUGAGGAUAACAUGAGGGGCAAGAACCUCUCAGGCUUGGAGGUCACCCCUGCCAUGUUACAUGUCAGACACGCCACCAAAAUAGCCAGUGAGAAAGAGUACAGGAAGGAUCUAGAAGAGGGGGUGAAGGGUAAAGGGCUAACUGCACUGGAGGAAACUCCGGAGCUUUUGAGAGCAAGGAAUGCCACUCAAAUCCUGUGCGAGAGAGAGUACAAGAAGGCACUGGAGCAUGAGAUCAAGGGCAAGGGAAUGUUGGCUUUGGCUACAGACACCCCAGACUUCAUGAGGGCCAGGAACGCUACUGACAUCCUCAGUCAGACUAAGUACAAGCAGACCGCUGAGAUGGACAGGGCCAGCUACACAACUGUCAUCGACACCCCAGACAUCAUCCAUGCUCAGCAGAUGAGGAACAUCGUCAGCCAGAAAAAAUACAAGGAGGAGGCUGAGAAGACCAUGUCUCACUAUGUGCCAGUCCUGGACACUCCUGAGAUGCAAAGAGUCCGUGAGAACCAGAAGAACUUCAGCACUCAUCUAUACCAGGUUGACCUUAAAAACAUAAAGGGCAAAGUGUCUACUGUAAAGGACACUCCUGAAAUGCUUCGUGUUAAAGAGAAUACAAAGAAUUUCAGCUUGAUUCAGUACAAAGAGGAUUUGGGAGCAGGAACAGCUGUGCCCGAGACCCCAGAGAUGAAGAGAGUUAAAUGCAACCAGCGGAACAUCAGCACGAUACAGUACAAGGACUCUGUGGGUCAAGGCACAGCCAUCCCAGACCUCCCAGAGGUGAAGCGGGUCAGAGAAACCCAGAAGAAUAUCAGCUCGCUUCAGUACAAAGCAGGCGUGGGACAAGGCACGUCAGUAUCAGAGACCCCAGAGAUGGAGAGAGUUAAACGCAAUCAGCUCAAUAUCAGCACGAUACAGUACAAGGACUCUGUGGGUCAAGGCACAGCCAUCCCAGACCUCCCAGAGGUGAAGCGGGUCAGAGAAACCCAGAAGAAUAUCAGCUCGCUUCAGUACAAAGCAGGCGUGGGACAAGGCACGUCAGUAUCAGAGACCCCAGAGAUGGAGAGAGUUAAACGCAAUCAGCUCAAUAUCAGCACGAUAAAAUACAAGGACUCUCUUGGUCGAGGCACAGCUAUACCGGACCUCCCUGAGGUGAAGCGGGUCAAACAAACCCAGAAGCACAUCAGCUCGGUGUUGUAUAAAGACAGUUCAGCCAAGGGAACUCCCGUGGUGUACACUCCAGAGAUGGAGCGGGUCAAACGGAACCAAGAAAACAUUAGCUCGGUGCUGUACUCUGACAGUUUCCGUAAGCAGGUCCAGGGCAAGGCCGCCUUCGUUCUGGACACGCCUGAGAUGAGGCGCGUCAGGGAGACCCAGCGCAUCAUUUCCGGAGUGAGAUAUCACGAGGACUUUGAGAAGAGCAAGGGCAGCUUCACUCCCACCACCUCUGACCUGGUGACAGAGCGCGUGAAGAGGAACACCCAGGACUUCAGCGACAUCAGCUACCGUGGCAUCCAGAGGCGCGUGGUGGAGAUGGAGAGGAGACGCGCCAUCGAGCACGACCAGGAGACCACCACUGAUCUGCGUGUGUGGCGCACAAACCCCGGAUCUGUGUUUGACUACGACCCUGCUGAGGACAACAUCCAGUCCAGGAGUCUGCACAUGAUGUCAGUGCAAGCUCAGCGUCGCAGCAAGGAGCACUCCCGCUCCACCAGCGCUUUGAGCGGCAUGGCUGACGAGAAGUCUGAGGUGUCCCAGGACACUUACCACCACAUAGCACUCAACGGCAGCAACUUUGCAGGUUACCAGCAUGCUAAGACUGUGGAGCUGCAGCAGAGAUCAUCAUCAGUGGCCACUCAGCAGACCACAGUCUCCUCCAUCCCCUCACACCCUUCAACCACCGGGAAAACCGUGCGUGCCAUGUAUGACUACACCGCCGCCGACAACGACGAGGUGUCCUUCAAGGACGGCGACGUCAUCGUCAACGUGCAGGCCAUCGACGAAGGAUGGAUGUACGGUACCGUGCAGCGCACCGGCAAGACCGGCAUGCUGCCAGCCAACUACGUGGAAGCAGUUUAAAGCCCGCCCAUCAUCCCUCCAGAGUGGGCGAGACGCAUCCACAGGGCGACGCUGAUUGGUCUGCCUGUGCUGCGAUCACAGCCGUGGCUUAGUGCAAUGUGUAGCUUUGAGUUUGUUGUAGGUCUGUCACUGUGUUUGAACCGUGUUAACUGUAACUGUCGUCGGUAAAGUCUGUUAUCAUUCAUACGCUGCUGCCCCUGUUGCCCGUGGAUGUGACGUAGGCAUCAUGACGUGACACGUAUAAAUAGUUCCGAGUAUACAUACUAUGAAUGAGUAUUUUAGAUUGUUGAAACUGAAAAGUAAGACUCACUAACAUAUGUCCUGGCCUAUUCUAUUGUAAAUUUCAAAAAUAUUUAAUAUAUAUGAAAAAAGACGUGUCCAGAGAGAGUAUUUCCUCGUGAAAACAAUGGGCUCAGACAGUUCCACUGAUCUGCUUUUAAUGGCAAGUCUAUGGAGAGAUAAAGAAACGUAUAAGGAGUCAGUUACCAUCUACCUCCUCCACGAUUAAACCACUCCUGAAGAGUUGUAUGACACAAGCCUCAGUCUUCCCUCCUUUAAACUGAAGGCUGGCCACUAGUAGAAUGUGUGAUUUGUUUCUCCCGAUUACUUAGGACUCAGGCUCGACCUCUACCUUUUAAUCAGUAGCUAAUAAAGCACACUAAGCUCCUGCAGCA